GCACCGGCCCGUGGUGCCCACCCGCCGCUCGCCGAACGCCUCCGGACGCUCCGCCUCGAGCUGGCUUACCUGCGAGCGGUGGACGUGAAGAUCCUGCAGCAGCUGGUGGUGGUGAACGAGGGCAUCGAGGCGGUGAAGUGGCUGCUGGAGGAGCGGAGCACCCUGACCAGCCGCUGCAGCAGCCUGGCCAGCAGCCAGUACAGCCUGGUGGAGAGCCAGGAGGCCUCACGGCGGGGCAGCUGGGACAGCCUGCAGGACCCCAACGACAGGCUGGACAGCAUCUCUGUUGGCAGCUACCUGGACACCUUGGCUGAUGACAUGGAUGAGUACUCCCACAACGCUGCUGAAACCACCGCUGCGUCCACAUCGGGCAGAGCCCUGCCCAGGGCAGAGCAGGAUUGGGUCAGGAUCGACCCCGAGAAGGGUCUUGCAAAGCAAGAGAAGGACAGAGAGGAGCACGAGUGGCCCCACGUGGACCUCUCCCCACCUGGGCUGCCCCAGGAUCACCGGUUUGAUAAGGAACCCCAGGUGGCCAAUGGGUAUUUGGGGCAGCAGUCCCCCUCUCUGGAACCAGAUAGAGACACCAAAUCACCACCAGGGACCGGGGAGAGGCUGGGGAAGGGAAAUCCAGAUGGGAAGGCUUGGAAAGCUGAGGCUGACCUUGAGAACUGCAAACUCAACAGCAAACUGCACCUGGAGUACGAUGCCCACUGGCGCUGGCUCCAGUCACAGGAUGAUGUGACAUUCUUAUAGCCUGUGGCUUUGCCUUCCCAGUCCAGCUCUCCCAGCUGCCCACUCUGCUUCACUUGUCUGUGCCUGGGAGAGUUGGGAUGGCUGGAGAGGGGGGGCCAGGCUGGCUUGGUGGUGUUGCACUGUUCCUCUGAUGGUCCCAACAGCAUUUGAUGAUGCAGCCAUAAGGGACUGGGUGCCUGCCCUGCAGCACAUUUCUGGGAGAGGAGGGAUGAGGUGAUUCCUGGUAGAUUUAAUCCUUUGCUCUAGGGUGUUGCUUGCAGGUGGCUGGAUACCCCUCUGUUGUCUUUGGUGGUGGUGGUGGUCGUAGGGAAACCUGGGAUAGUGGUGUUCCUGGGAUCUCUCCCUCUAAUCCUCAGCUUCCUGUGUGCAAAAACUGGGGAUCCUUCACCCAAAAUGACUACCCUGAGAGGCCAGGGAGGCACUACCAUGCAUCCACAGCUUGGUGGCACCAGCAUGCUCAGUGUGGGGCAGGACCAUCAGCAGGGCAUCCCUGUUGGAUCUGCUCAUUUCCAUCAUUGUCUUCAAGGCCAGUGUUCAUCCAGGGCAGAGCAGACCUAGGGUUUGGCCCCAGCACAUGAUGAAUGCUAAAAAACCUUUCCCUGUGGGUGAAGCCCUGCCUGGUUUAGAUGCCUCUGUGAAGCCAAGCUGAGGUGGGGCUGGGGAGCCUCUGUCCGUGCCCUGCGGAGGAAGGAUGGUGGUGCAGACUUCCCGAUGUGAUGACAUGAGAACGACGAAGCACUGGGUGGGAAAUGGAAAUCCAAUUCUCCCCGUUUGUUCCUGGACUGUCCUCCACCUUGGGAGCAGUCCUGCAGAAUCCCUGGGAUGUGGCAGCACACAGGCAGCCUGGCAGAGCCUGCAGGGCUCAGACUCAGAGGGGCUCCUGCUCUCCCCUGACACGGUGUGAGGGUGGUGAAGGCUGGGUUUCUCUGUCUGUGUGAUGAAUGGUGCCAGGUCUCUGCCUCCUACCAGCAACCAGACACAUAAGGCUGCUCUGUCAGGGUGGAUCUGCAGUGACUCUGCCCUGGAGACUUCUCUGUCUUUUUAACCUUGGCUUCUGCCCGUGCCUUUUGCUGUCCCCACCAUACCUCCCAGCACGCCCCUCACCAGCUUGUAGAGCAUGGCUUGCAGCUGGAGCUGUGUGAGAGCUUGGGCAGGACCCUCUGCCUUCACCAGAUGAUGCAGGAAAGGACCUGAGCAUCCUGAUUCAAGGAGCCAAGCUCUUCCAUAUUUGUGGACAAGCCUGGAGUGUCCUGACUUCAGAACCCAUGGGUGCAUCUGUCCCCAGCUGAGUGCUGUGAUGGCUUUGCUCUCACCAUCGUGCUGUUGUGACCUGCGUGGGUCACAGCUUGGUCUGUGCUGGGAUGGUAGGAGUGAGGACAUUGUCUUGUGAUGUCAGUGGGAAGCUGAGAGAGGGGGAGGUGACUGGCUGUGACUUCAGAUGUGAGAUGUGAGCUGGCUGUGGUUAAGAAGGUGAUCUUGUGCACAACAGGUUCGGUUUGGUGUCUCUGAAGCAGCACCUUCAGUGGAAAUUGCCCUCCGUUCUGAGAGCCCCGAGCACCCUCCCUUCCCCUGCAGAUCCUCAGAACUUCCCUGGAUGGAUGUGGAGAGCAGGACAAUACCCAAAAUUCUCAGAGAUGGUCCCUGCUGAGGACUUGGGUGAAUCCCAGCAAACUGGGAGUGGGUUGCCCUAUGCAACAAGCAUCCAUCUGCCUGCCCUGCAGCAGCUGUGCUUGGCUUGCCAUUGCCUGUGAGUAGCUUGUGGCUUCCUGUGUAGCUGUGCUGCUGACACUGAGCCACCAUGUCCUCAAGGCUGGCUGUCCCCUGCUUUCCUGCUAACCCUGCAUGCAAUGAAUCAGCUGAGGGUCCCUGGGGGAGACAGGGUAAGUCCUUCAGCGCUGUUAAAGUCAUUCUCAACAACAAAAAAAAUAGCUGGCUUAAUAAAUGUUUGUGUUUCUCCCAGGCCACGCUGUGGGUGCUUUGCUGAGCUCACCGGUGUUUCUAGGGAAAGGGGGGAGGCUCUGGGAUGGAAUGCCCUGGAGCCUUAGGCCCAGCCCUGAAACAGGCACAGUCCAGGUGUCUGGGCAUCUCUCCCUUUCACAUCAGUGAUUAAAGUCACUUUUCCUGAAGCAGCUGGGUACCACGGCACAUCUGCUGGGAGCGAGGGUGACUCUACUGAUCUCGGCUGGACUAUGUGUCAAACAGCACCUUCAGCCUUCCUGCCCCAUAUUUCCAAGGAAGACCAUUUUAGGUGUUUGCCAGCCCUGUUAGCUGUGCUGGAGUCUUUGCUUCCUGUGUUCUGCAGUGGCAGCUUUGCUCCUGUGGCUUCCUCCACCCAGGAGGUGCAGUGUGGAUCUGGGUGUAGGGCAGAGACUUCCCCAGCCCAGCUGGGGUGGGAGCAGCACAGCUCUGAUAUCAGGCUGUUGGGAUUUGCUCCUGGGUGGAUCCCUUUAAAACCACUAGAGCCAGUGCUCAUGCAAACAUCAGCUUUUCCAAAGCAAAUGCAAUCGGCUUAUCCAGCCCUGCCAUCCCAGCCUCAGCAUCCCUUCCGGCUCACGGCUUUGACACCGGGAGCUUUUGCAAAUGGGGAAUUGGAUGCUGGAGCCAGCAGGACUCAGCAGGAUUUCCCCAGUUUCUGCUGGGCUGAGGUAAAAAAAAUAGAUGCCUGAAGAAAACCUUAGAAAUAAAAUGCCCAGCCUAUUCCUCUUACAAAUGUAGACCUCAGCAGUUGGAUAACCCUGUAUUGCUGCAGAAGAAUUUUUGCUGGGGGUUCCCUGGGCAUGGACUUUACAGCCUGGCUUACAUCAGCCCAAGGUGCCCAUAGUCCCAAAAUCUGUGUAUCCCCCAAAUCCCAGCCCCUGGAGCUGGAGGGGUGGAUGGGAUGCAGUGGUUGUCUCCCUGCUGUGUCUCUGGGCUGCCUGGAUGAGGGGUCACCCAGCUUUGGGGUUUGCCCAGCCGAAGUCCCAAACCUCCCCUGGGGAAACACCCUGGGGACCUGUGUCUGGCUGAAAGGUGGGUGCAGCAAUGGGGUGCAGAGCACCUGUGGGUGGGAAACAGCCCAGAGCACGGAUCCACAGCCUCCCUCCUGGUCUGCCUGGCCCUCACCCUGCCUGCUGCUGCCCUUGAGCUGCUCUUGGGCUGUUCACUGCUGGUAUCAGGUAAGAAAACAAGCAGAUAUAGCAGGCGGGAUCCCAGCCGUGCCAGAAAACACCCACCUCUGUUACAAUAAAAACACCAGCCAGCCAA